GGACAAAGCACAGAGAAAGUCCAACAAGGCUAAACCAGUAAGACCCGAAAAAUGAGCGUCCGAGCUGAGUCGCAUCAGUUGAGUUUUGAGAGAUUGAGAGAGAUGAAGACGACACAGUACCGGAUGAACUAAACCCAGAAAAUCCCACUUCCCAAAAUCUCAACCUCCAUAUUAAGAUUUGUAAGAUGGAAGGGCCACCGUCGGAUUUAGUGAAGAAAAGGUUGCAGCGUCGACCACCUUCUCAAUUUUCACAAGACCAGGGUGGUGGUUACAAUUUGAGAAGUAGGAAGAAAAAUAAGCAUGAAGACAACAACUUGUUGGAUUUGGACCGAAUUAGUACGUUGCCGAAUGAAGUUCUUGUUAGUAUACUGUCUCUCUUGCCACUAAAGGAAGCACAAGCUACUAGCGUACUUUCUAGGCGAUGGCAGCAUGUGUGGCGGCAUGUGCUAGCAUCUACUAGUACUCUCGACUUUGAUGCUGAGAAAACUUUAUGCAGUUUGGCUGAUCUCAGAGAAGGAGCAAGAGAGUUGGAAAUCCGUAAGUACGUCGAUUGGGUGAACAGUGUGAUGGAACAGCAUCAAGGUCCAACCAUUGAGCAAUUCAGGGUUUGUUUCGAUCUAGAUCCUAGGUUUUCAAGUUCCAUUGAUAAAUGGAUUCAGUUUGCUAUGAAAAAGGGAGUUCAAAUGCUUGAGUUGGACUUGUUAUCGUAUGGUGUUUUUCCUCGGAAGUUUUUUCCGUGCUAUACAUUUCCGCACGAGCUUUUGGGUAUCCAAAAAGAUUCCACCUUGAAGCACUUGUGUUCUGAUAUUCCAAGCCCCAAUCCUUGUGCGUGCAUUGGCUUUAAGUCCCUCACAGUUCUUAAUUUCAAAAGUGUUGAUGUGGAUGGAGACGUUCUUGAGUACUUCUUGUCAAGCUGUCCUGUUCUUGAACGGUUAUUGGUGGAUGAUUCACCAAAUUUGCGUAAUCUAAGUGUUGUUGGUCCAUCGAUUUCAUUGAAGUACCUAGUGAUACAACAAUGCUCAAGCUUCAAAAGCAUAGAGAUAUGUGACGCAAACCUUGUUUCGUUUACUCAUGUUGGAUGUGAAAUAAACAUGCUUCUUAGGAAUGUACCACUUCUUGUUGAGGUAUGUGAUUAUUCAUAUAAGAGCAUACAAGACGCCUUCACCCAACUUUCAUGCUGUAUUUCUAAGCUAGAGAUUCUCAAGCUGAACGGACUUCUGUUCCAGGAAAGGAAUCGUGUAUUCCCUAUACUAGCAAACCUCAAGCAUUUGGAACUAAAAUUUCAAGCAAAUGAUGCUUUCAUCCUUCUACAGUUAGCUUCUUUCAUUAAGGCAUCUCCUUACUUGCACAAACUUGUGUUGGAGUUGUACCCAUUAUGCGAGAGAAGAGAAAUGAGAUUUAAGAAACCAUCGAAAUGCUCCCAUCGCUAUCUCAAGGUAGUGGAAAUUGUAGGGUAUGAUGGUCGCGCAAGUGAUCUUGAAAUUGUCAAAUUCUUGAUACAGAAUGCCGUUGAACUGGAGAAAAUUGUUAUUGAUCCCACCGAUCCUAUCGAACCACAUUAUUGUUUUCCCAUGCACAGAAUAAAGAAGACUGUUGAAGAAGUGGUGAGGGAAGAGAAGGCAAGAAAUCUUGCAAGGCAGCAGCUUAUAGAAGAAGUUCCUUCAACCAUAGAAUUUGUAUGCUUAUAAAAAGAGCAUUUGCUCAGAUUUUCGAUAGAUUGUAUUGGUGAUUAACUAAGUAGAUAGUGUUUGUAAUAAACAAAAAUGGCAUAGUUUAUGAGCAUAAAUUUUACUGUUGUGCA